AUGAUUGGUACCACCGGUAGCAACGGCGCGACUCGUACUAUAGGUGUUGCCAGCAGGCGCUCCCUCGGGGCCUCGCCCAAGGCGACAGACAAGAAAAGCGUCAAGGAGGCUUGUGUAGACAGGGCCAAGAAAUGCUGGAAAUGGGCCGCCAGCAAGGUGACUAAAAAGGACGUCGCAAAGAUGAUGGCUAAUCAGGCGGUUCCGGGCAGCGCGAUAGCGAUUAACGCGGCGGAGGGCGUCACAGCCGCGCGUAACGGGGACAAGGAAGGCGCCAAGAAGGCCUUCGUGAAUGUCGCCAAGGGCGUAGGCUCGGUUGCGGUUGGCGCGGCGGCGGGUCCGCACGGCGCACUCGCGUUCAGCGCGGGGGUCACCGCGGUGGAACAUGGGAAACACCUCGUGGAGAAAGGGUUGGAGAAGCGCAAGGCGGAGCAGAAGGAGAAACGUGACGCGAAAAAGCCGAAGCGGGAGUGA